CUAUUUAACUUGACUUUGGUCCCUCACAUUUUCUCAUCACCUCAUUCAUUCAAAGUUGAAACUUAACCCCACAUUUUCUGAAGCCAUGUCAAACUCUAGAACCUCAUCAGAUACACUACACACUCCCUCCUUCAUGAAGGGAUAUGAAGAAGCAAACAACAACAAUCAAAACCAGAACCAAAUAUGCUUGUCUACACUUCUCCAAAGAAACACAUCAACAUCAUCAUCAUCAUGUGGUGAAAAAAGAGGGAGAAGGAAACAAGCAGAGCCAGGUAGGUUUCUUGGUGUGAGAAGAAGACCUUGGGGAAGAUAUGCUGCUGAGAUCAGAGACCCUACAACCAAAGAAAGACAUUGGCUUGGUACCUUUGACACUGCUCAAGAAGCUGCUCUUGCUUAUGACAGAGCUGCUUUGUCCAUGAAAGGAAACCAAGCUAGAACUAACUUCAUCUAUUCUGAUAACAUCAACUUCCAUGCUCUUCUCACACCUAUGGAUCUUCAAGCUCUCUUGCCACCACCACCUCCUCCUCCUCCCCCACCAUCUUCUUACACUAAACAACUUGCACCUUCCAAUCAGAAUAAGAUUAAGAACAGUAAUAGUAAUACUAAUGUUGUUGCUGCUGCAUAUGGUUGUUCAGUUCAGGAUGAUGAUAACUUGUUCUUUUCAACAAGUGAUCAUCAUAGUAAUAACAACAACUCUGGGUAUCUUGAAUGCAUAGUUCCUGAUAAAUGUUUCAGGCCUACUGCUACUACUACUGCUGAUUCAAGUUCCAACAGUAGUUGUUCAAACAACAACAACUACUCAUCAAGAAAGAGCAAUGUCAGUGAAAACUCAUCAUCAUUCUCUUGUGAUAAUAACUUUCCAUCAGAUUACUUCUGUUAUCCAACAAGUGAAGGGUUCUCAUCAUGGGAUUGGAGCUGCAGUGAGCUUUCAGCUAUAUUUAACAAUUCAUCAUCAUCAUCAUCAUCAUCAUCAAGAAGGGUAUUAGAAGGAGGAGGAUGCAUGGAUGCACUGUAUCCUAUCAUAACUGAUGAGAACAAUAAUAACAAUACAAGCUUCUAUGAUGGGGUGAUGAUGAAUAAUCAUCAUAAUCAUAAUAAUGCUGCUGCUUCAUCUUCUUCAACAAACUGCUCAGUAGACAUGGGAUACCCACUCUUCUGAUGAUGAGGGUGCAAUGUGAAUUGCAUUGCAUUGCAUGUGUUUGUAUGUUUCUUCUUAUUAUCUUCCUUGUAACUUGGGUCAAGCCAAUUAAGCAAGCCUUUGUUUUUAGUAAUUUUCUUUCAUGUUGUAAUGCAUGUAAUUAAUUACUACAUUGCACACAUGCUAGAGAGUGAUCUUUCUUUUGGUUUUAAGGGUCCUCCAUGAGCUCUCACUUUCAAAUCAAGAUGAGAGGGAAAGUAGUAGUCAUAUUCCUGUAUGUGUUAUUUUUAUAUUAUAAUAUUGAUGGCAUGAUUUUAUGCUUCUUUUGGGGGUAGC